GGAGGAGAAACUCACCGAACCGGAGUUACUGACCAGACUUGUCCAGCCCGCGGUGAAGUGCCCUCUGGGAAGAAGUGUGGGGAUCGAGAAAACCCUGGAGUCUUGUUUCUCAAACUUUCUGGCCAAAAGAUAAGAAUAAACAAUACCUAAACCUUCUGGACAUGUUAUCGACACAGCUAUUACUGUGAUGUGAUUUAUAGAGAAAUAAUGGUUCGACUAACUGUGGAUCUAAUUGCUAAAAACAGCAAUGUAAAACCCCGAAAAGAAGAAACCAUUGCACAAUGCUUGAAGAAAAUAACUCAUAUAAAUUUUUCAGACAAAAAUAUAGAUGCAAUUGAAGACCUCUCUCUUUGCAAAAAUCUCAGUGUAUUGUAUUUGUAUGAUAAUCGUAUUAGUCAAGUCAAUAACCUUAAUUAUGCCACAAAUCUGACCCAUCUGUACCUACAAAACAAUUGUAUUCCAUGUAUAGAGAACCUCAGAUCAUUAAAGAAACUGGAAAAACUGUAUUUGGGAGGCAAUUACAUUGCUGUCAUAGAAGGUUUGGAAGGAUUAGAAGAGCUAAGAGAGCUUCAUGUUGAGAGUCAGAAGCUUCCUCUGGGAGAAAAGCUUCUGUUUGAUCCAAGAACUCUUCGAUCUCUGGCAAAAUCCCUCUCUAUAUUGAAUAUCAGCAACAAUAAUAUUGAUGACAUAAGAGAUUUAGAAAUGCUAGAGAAUCUUAAUCACCUUAUUGCAGUUGACAAUCAACUUCUAUAUGUGAAGGUAGGUGUAAAGAAAAUUUAAUUCAAAAACAUUUACAUGAAAUUAUUAUUGAAAUAUUUUAAAAUAUCUAUGAAAUGUAUUACUUU